UCGACCACGGACAGCAGCACGACCAUUGACUGACGCCCUGUCAAUAAAAUAUUAUUAAUAAAAUAUACGAAAAUGUAUUCAAUCCUGUUGCUAAUUGUUUGCUUGGCUGGUGCUGCCUGGGCAAAUCCUCAUCCCACUUGGGGGGAAUCGAAGCUAAUGCAAGCGAUGCGUAGCACAAGUGAACUGCAACUGAAUAAUCCUUCGCGUUCGGUGGAAUGUUUUCAGUACUACAGCGAAGUAUUUGAUCAGUUGUUGAAGAAAUAUGAAGCAGAGUACGCUGCUUGCCAGAACAGUUCAACGCUGGAGACUGCUCAGUUGAAUGCUCAAUAUUCUCAAGUCGUAAAUUCGCUGAAUGUGUCUUCCAUUAACACGUGCUAUCAAUUAAUCGAUUGCGCGACUCAAGCUGAUAAUCUGCAGAUUUUGUCCUGCUACUCAGAUGUGGCUGGUGAUAAUGUCAGAGCCAUGUAUAAUAUUUCAAGCACUGCCAGCGAGAACUAUGGCGAUUUGGAGCAGCUCAUACAGCAGAUACAGUUCAUUGAGAACCAAUGCACGAAUAGCUCAAAGCGUCGCUAUGAACUCGACACUGAUCAAGCCUACAUCAGUCUGCAACAAUGUCUGAUGGGCACGGAUCCAGUGCCAACACUUGCGCCCUCGACAAGCACUUCAACCAGCUUGAGCACUGCAAAUGAUACACCAACAUCAACAUCUCCCUCGGCAGAUCUUUCGACUACAACCCAAGUAAUCAGUUCAAGCACUUCAGUAGUUACGCCACGACCACAAACACGGUCAACAUCAACCAUUGCAUCAAGCUCUACAGAGCGUGACACAACCACGGAGUUGACUACAAUCCAACCAAGCAGCUCAAGCACUCAAAGCGAUACGCCACGAACUUAUAAAACCUCAACACAAACACCCAUCGAAUCAUCCACUGCACCUUCGACAGUUUCUAGACGCACGCCUAGACCAAUUGCCACAACUACAACGUCUUUUGUCACCACCAAUUCGGCGACUUCCACAACCAGCAACAGCUUCAGCUCAGAGCUGAAGAAGCUGCUGCAUUCGCUCCGCCACUAAACCAUGUGACUUAUUAGGCUCGACAACAAGAUCUGAAUUAGCAAAAACAUUAGCCGACCAACUUUUGUAAUCUGCUCAAGAUAAAUAAAAGGACAAAAUUAAGUAAGAAAUGAAAUCGGAAUUACAUGAAUGUUGGUCAAAUAUUGACGGCGACACAACUUCAACAGCAAAACUUGAAUGAACCCAUUGCAAGGCAAAGAGCAUUAGUUGUAUAAUUAACGAUGGCAACCUUAACACUUACUGAUCGACUAAGCAAUACCCCAUGUUUUCGACGCGAACAACUUUUGUAAUUAAUAUGAAAAUUUUUAGAAUAGAAAA